CCAAGAUGGCGGCGGAGCGGACAGCCGGCUCGGCACUGUGACUGACAGACAGACAGACAGACAGACAGACAGAAGCCUCGCUUGGUCGGACAGCUAACGGUCAGACUCCAGACAGAGAGACAGAAACACCCGCACAGGUCACUUCGCCUCUUUCGGUACCGACAGCGCUGUGAUGAAGCAGCACCGAUAGACGACACCGGGGGAAGUUGUGUGCGUGUGUGAGUGCGCGAGGACUAAUUUGACGUCCACAAGCGGGGCAGUCGGCGGGGAUGGGAGAUGAUGGAGGACAAAGGCCCUCGUGUAGCCGACUACUUUGUGGUGGCCGGUCUGACGGACCCGUCCAAGCCGUUGGACCAGGAGAUCCACUUUGAUGAUGUCUGCCACAAGACGGCCAAGCCUAAGGCGCCCAUCACCGAUGUGGCAGUGGUAGUCCGCUCCAUGGGCGAGGAGAUACCGCCAGGGUUCACCUGCAUAGAGGAAACACCAACCGGCCAUUCGGCUGAUCUAAACAAUGGCGGCCUCAUGGCACCCCAGAUCUUCCUGUGCUACAGGCGAGGUCGGGACAAGCCUCCACUCACUGACCUGGGUGUGCUGUACGAGUGGAAGGAGAGGCUGAAGCAGGGCUGCCACCUCAUCCAGACCACACCCUCCGGUCGCCCAGCCAACAUCAGCGGCAACUCCUCCCAGCGCAUCUAUGUCACCUACCGACGGGCGCCUGAGAGCCAGCCGCACUCCGCCCUGGCCGUCACCGACAUCUGCAUCAUUAUUCCAAGCAAGGGAGAAACGCCUCCGCACACCUUCUGCAAGGUGGAGAAGAAUCUCAACAGCAGCAUGUGGGGCUCCUCUGUCUACCUGUGUUACAAGAAGUCUGUGGCCAAAACCAACACAAUAGCCUACAAAGCAGGUUUGUUCAGCAGAUAUCCAGAGGAGGACUAUGAGUCAUUCCCUCUGCCAGAGUCUGUCCCUCUCUUCUGCCUUCCCAUGGGGGCCACAAUCGAGUGCUGGCCAGCUAACACCAAAUACUCCCUCCCUGUUUUUUCCACCUUUGUCCUCACCGGAGCCUCCGGAGAAAAGGUCUACGGUGCUGCCAUUCAGUUCUAUGAGCCGUUUCCACAGGAGUGUCUGACUGAUCAGCAGCGCUCCCAGCUGGGUCUCCUGAACCCAGAUCCACCCAAACCCUCCUCUUCCAGCCGUACUGGAUCAGCCACCAGCAGCACCACUAACAGCACCGCUACAGCCCCGAGCUUGGUCCACACCAACAAGUGUAUCUGUCUGCUCUCCCACUGGCCCUUCUUCGACGCUUUCCGCAAGUUCCUCACAUUCCUCUAUCGCUACUCCAUCUCCGGCCCUCACGCUCUGCCCAUCGAGAAGCACAUCUCUCACUUCAUGCACAAAGUUCCCUUCCCUUCCUCUCAGAGGCCUCGCAUCCUGGUGCAGCUUUCCCCACAUGACAGCCUGAUGUUGAGCCAGCCAGUGUCUUCUCCUUUACCGCUCAGUGGUGGUCGAUUUUCCACCCUGCUCCAGAACCUCGGACCAGAGAACGCCGUCACAUUGCUUGUGUUUGCUGUCACUGAACACAAGAUCCUGGUCCACUCAUUACGACCCGCUGUACUGACCAGCGUCACUGAGGCUCUGGUGUCUAUGAUUUUCCCGUUCCACUGGCCGUGUCCAUAUAUCCCCUUGUGCCCCCUGGCGUUGGCUGACGUGUUGAGUGCCCCCUGUCCGUUCAUUGUAGGAGUGGACUCCCGCUACUUUGAUCUUUAUGACCCCCCGCCGGACGUGAGCUGCGUGGACCUGGACACAAACACCAUCUUCCACACUGAAGAUAAGCGAGCCCUCACAUGGAAGAUCCUGCCAAAGAAAGCCUGUAAAAACCUGAUGAAUGUGCUGAGUAAUCUCUACCAGCAGCUGGUUGAUGGUCAUCAGCGGCCCGAUGGACUGCUGGAGCUGAGCAUGAGUGAUUCGUCAGAGCUGAGCUGUGGGAAGAGCCUCCACACGCUGGAGCUGGAGAUCCAGGAAGCCUUCCUGCGCUUUAUGGCAGCCAUUUUAAAAGGCUACCGCUCCUUCUUACGACCCAUCACUCAGGCACCCUCUGAGAAAGCCACAGACGCCAGCUCACUUUUUGAUUUGCAAGGAUUUUUGAAGAGCCGCGACCGCUCACACCAGAAGUUCUAUUCGCUGAUGACCAAAACUCAGAUGUUCAUCCGCUUUAUCGAGGAAUGCUCCUUCGUCAGCGACAAAGACGCCAGUUUGGCCUUCUUUGACGACUGUGUGGACAAACUCUACAAUUCAGAGCGGAGUGCAGACAAAGGAGGCAAGGUGGACAGUGACAGGCCGGAGGAGACCAGGCUGAUAGAGAUUGAUGAAUCUCAGCGCAGUGAGCACACAGUCUUUAUCACACCUCCAGAGCUGCCUCCUCUGCCUGAGGGGGAGGAACAUCCACUCUGCUACAGGUACGAUGGUUUCCCAGUGUUGAGUCUUGACCUCUUUGACCCUGUGGAGGGCCUGCGGACCCCCUCCUCUCGCCUCGCUGCCAGGCACAGCUGUCCCACCAGCCCUGCCCCCAUGUUCAGACGCACCAAGCAGGAGAUCAAAUCAGCCCAGAAGAUAGCCAAGAAGUACUCGUCUAUCCCGCAGCUCUGGUCUAAGUGCCUGCUCCGUCACUGCUACGGCCUGUGGUUUAUUUGUCUGCCAGCAUACGUGAAGGUGUGCCACUCCAAGGUGCGGGCUCUGCGCACUGCUUACGACGUCCUCAGGAAGAUGCAGGCAAAGAAAUUACAGCCCCCUGACGAGGUCUGCUACCGGGUUCUGAUGCAGCUGUGUGGGCAGUAUGGCCAACCUGUCCUGGCGGUCAGAGUCCUCUUUGAGAUGAAGAAAGCUGGAGUCCACCCCAAUGCCAUCACUUACGGCUACUACAACAAGGCGGUGUUGGAGAGCACGUGGCCCUCUAGCACCAGAGGAGGAUACUUCCUGUGGAUGAAGCUGAGAAAUGUCGUUUUGGGCGUGGCACAGUUCAAACGGGCGCUGCGACGACAUGCUCCCCUCACCCAGAGCCCUCUGUCAGAUGGCAGUGACCUGGACGCUGUGAGUCACGGCAGCCUGGAUAGCUCUGCCGACACUAACCUGGCUGAGCAGGGCCCCUACACCACUGACUCCGCCAAAGUAGACCCCACUGACGAUAGAUCUAGCACAGGGGAUCAAUCAGAUUUGGGUUAUAACUCCCUGUCCAAAGAGGAGGUUCGGAGAGGAGACCCCACUGCUCAGGAGUCCGCCCCUGACAAAGAUGACAAGAAGGAGAGCGACUGCAGCUCCUUGUCAGAGACAGAGAGUGCCAAGGGGAGUAAAGACUGUCUCCCUCAGCUGGACAUGGAGGUUCAGUCCUUCAAACCCCGCGGCAUUGUUCGCAGCAGCUGUCCAUACGACGAUUCAUCGUGUAAACCCAAGAGCUCCGCCAGCGCAGGCCAUGUUGCAGGUCUCCUCUUCACUUCCUCCCUGGAUGAGAUCGGUGAGGUUCAUACCAACAGUUUGCUCAGGAGACAUAAGAGUGCUCUGGAAGAGGUGGUGGGCAGCGCCAGCAGCGGCUCGGCUCUUGACUGGCAGGGUGUGAGAGGCCUCCGGCUGAGCGGUGAUGCGGUGGGCAGCUGCGGCAGUGGCACCACUGUCCUCGGUCUGGGUAUGAGCCAGGGUGAAACUGACCCAGACAAAAUCGCAGGACACCUGGGCGCAGACGUCAAAAUUCUUUCCGGUGCCAACUUCAGUAAGAGUAAGAGGCCUCGUUCACUGGCUCUGGGCGGGUUAGAGGCAGUGGCGGCUAAGGUAGGUGCCUCUAAAUGUCAGGAACACAGGGAGGAGGACGAGGAGAGGGAGGGACAGGACUCCAGUGAUGAGGACAGAAGUAACACAGACGCCAUUUUUGACUUGGAGGACCUGGACUUAGACAAGCCUGCCACAGGGGCUGGUAUGAGCUCCCACAAACUGAGCAAAUCUCAUAAGAAACCUGUCAAACGCAGCAUCAGCUACGGUGGCAUAAGCUCUGUGACGUCCAGAGGAACUGUGAAGCGCACAGACAUACAGACAGGUUACGACCCUCUAUCCCUGCUGGCAGCAGAGUCACAAACUGAGCAGCAAAAUGAGGAUCAGUACCCAGAGGGGGAAGGGGCCAGCACGCCGAGUGCCCGCAGGCACCUGGCCAGAGAGAUCGAGCUAUACAUGAACCACAUGGGCAGCCCGCUGAGCAGCCGUACACCCAGUCUGGAUCUGCCGGACCCGGCCAGCCCUCUCCUCCUCCACCCUUCCUCACUCUCUGCCCCCCGCAGAGCCAGCCUACCCCACACCUCCCCCCUAAGGACUGCUGGGAUGCCACGCUCCCGCACCUUCCACCCUCCCUCGCCCUCCCAGCCCAUCUCACGCCAGCGCCUCUUGUCAUCUCCUUCCUGUCGCAGCUCUAGCACAACUCCCAGUGCCAGCCCUCGACCUAGCCCCUACAGGGAGAGGGCAGACAGGAUGAGCCUGGCGUCACCUUCGCCCUCCUCCUCCUCUUUUGCUCUGGACACUCUGCUCACACCAACGCUUGAUGUCUUUAAGACCAGCAUGGUCUCUGCUGGGAAGGGUGUGGCAGAGAAGGCAAGCCGCUGGUACUCCCGUCUCGCCACUUACACCACACCUACCAAGGACGGUCACAGUGACCGACUGAGUGUGUCCUCUCUCGGUGUUGGAGAUCCAGACUGCUCUUCCCUGUUGGAUGAGGCGGACUGUGGGGAGUCAGAGGGCUCCGUGAUCUCUCCACCGAGGAAUGGACCCCGCAGGAGCCCCAGACGCAGCCCUCUCCGCAGCAGACUGGACAGCCCCCCUGCAGGCUCCAACGUCGGGAGACCCUCAUCUCUGCUCCCUGAAUGUGUCCUCUCGCCCCCCGGCUUCCCUCUGCCAGAAAAGUCGGACCUCGGCUCGUCACGGUACACCAGCAACACCAGCAUCUUCAACAACUACGCCAUGGAGCUGCUGAUUUCCAGCUGUUCUCGCUGUAAGACGUGUGACUGCCUGGUGUACGAUGAGGAGAUCAUGGCCGGCUGGACAGCAGACGACUCCAACCUGAACACCACCUGUCCCUUUUGUGGAAACCCCUUCCUGCCCUUCCUCAACGUGGAGAUCAGGGAUAUGCGAGGACCCGGCAGGCUUUUCCUGAAGGGCAGCCCAUCAGUGGACGAGGCAAUGACCUCGUCGUACUCUGCCUCCACAGGUUUGGACACGGGGACGUCCACCUUGUCCACCCCCUGUCCUACAACUGCAGUCUUUCCUCCGUCCCCUGUGAUCGCUGUCCAGGAGUGCUCAGGGGCUGGAAGGACUCGAUCAACCAGGGCUCAAGGUAUCAACAUCCCCUCAGAGCGCCGGCAGGGGUCGCUGUCUCCCGGAGCGCCCAUGGCUCGCAGUGUCAGCGCCUUCGGUCCUCUGGACGAAGCUUCCCGAGUCAACCGCUGUAUGCCGACGUCAGGCAGCCUGCCCAGCCGUCUCAAUGAAGCCAUGGACCCGCUGAGUAUGGAGUGGCGGCUCCACAACCCCGAGCCAGUGACGGUUCCCUACCUGAGCCCGCUGGUGCUGUGGAAGGAGCUGGAGAGUCUGCUGGAGAAUGAGGGCGACCCGGUGAUCACAGAGGCCGACAUGGUGGACCACCAUCCCAUCAUCUACUGGAACCUGGUGUGGUACUUCAGACGACUGGACCUGCCCAGCAACCUGCCCGGUCUCAUCCUCACCUCUGAGCACUGCAACACAGACUCCCAGGUCCCUCGUCACUGGAUGUCGGAGGACAGUAAACACGUGUUGAUCCAGAUCCUGUGGGACAACCUCAAGCUGCACCAGGACUCAAUCCAGCCUCUCUACAUCCUCUGGAACACAUACAGGCUUAAUUGUACUCUGUUGUUAGAGAAUGUGGGUUACCCUCUGUCCCGGCCGGUCCCGGAGGAGGAGAAGCCAUUCAGCGAGGAGUUACUGCAGAGUGUGGUGAGGAGCAUCCAGAGGAACGACGUCAGCCGACCAAUGGCUCAGCUGCUGCAGCUGCUGGGUCAGACUCUUGGGGUCAAGAGGCAAAGGAGUUUGUACAGGGACAUCCUCUUCCUCUCUCUGGUGGCUCUGGGAAAAGACAACAUUGAUAUUGAUGCCUUUGAUCGCGAGUACAAGCUGGCGUAUGACCGCCUCGUGCCGAGCCUGGUGAAGCUGACCCAUAACUGUGACCGUCCUCCCAGCACAGGGGUCAUGGAGUGCCGCAGGACGUUUGGAGAGCCUUACCUGUAAACACUCACCUUCACGUACCCACAUACACACACACACACACACACACACACACACACACACACACACACACACACCAGGAUGAACUCUCACCGCCCCACGUCAUCGCUUUAAGGCGAGCUCAGGAAACCUGUUGGAAGACUGUGAAUGUUUUGAGAAAACUCUGCAAGCGAUCAUAAAGGAGCAGUUGACGACGCUCAGCGUUAUGUAGCCUGAAACAGUAAAAGAGUUUUACAGACUUUAUCUCAACUAAGUGAAGAUGGAAACACCACUCGCAUCAUUCAUCAACAACUUCAUCCAUUUUCUUUGAAUCCUGUGAAAAUGAUACAAAUAUACUGUAAAAACAGCAGUAGAGGAUUUUUUUAAUGAAACAUUUAUAUUGUAUAGUCAUACAGCAUAUGAAGACUAAUAUUAGCAAUAUUUUAACUUGAACUCUAUUUAUACAAAGUAAGCUUUAUUUAUUGUAGUGUCUUCUUUUGUAGGGCGUUUACUGUUUUAUCGUUGUCGCUUGGCGUUUGAUGUUUAAACCACAGUGACCUGAACGCCAUGUUGCAGUAUGGAUUUAGUGUCUGUUGUAAGUGAUGACUAGGUUUCUGUGUGCUUUAUGAGUCAGGGCAUCAAAAAAACAAACAAAAAAAAGGACGUUUAAAUUAGAGCUGCAGUGAUCAGUUAAUCCACAGAAAAUUAAUGAAAUAUACAGCAUGUGAUUUCUACCAUUAGGGGUCUCUCAAUCAAAACAAUAACGAAAAACAGACUUUGAUUUUGUUGUGAAGUAGCAGGGGAUCAUGGGAGUUUCACUGUUAAACAACCAUUGAUGAGAAUCUGACGUAACUCAGGCAGAGUUCGUGUUCAGGAAAGAGUUAAUGUCUUUAAAUUUCAUUCACGCUACUUUUAUUCAUGAUUUGUCAUUUCAUUCAAAUGAAAUAGCCACAUGAAAUGUAAGCUAACGUAAUGCAAAGUUUCUAACAUUCCAUUAGAUGAGUCGACUAUCCAAACACUUCCUGUAGCUUGUCACAAAGCUCCCUCCAUCUUGGAAAAGUCACACUGAUAUUUCCCCUUGUUUUACAUCUCUUCUUGUCCCAUAAUCGUCCUGAGUCAUUUGGUUUUCUCGUUUGUUUGCGCUUUACAGGGACGGCUCUGGCGACAAAACACGUAGCAAACAGCAAUGAAUAAUUCUGCUCCAGUUUGAGUCAGACAGUGACCAAUAGCUGUGUCUCAAUUCAGGGGCCACAUCGUUGGAAGGCGGCAUCAGCCAAACCGAACGGUAAAAUUUAAUACUUGAGGAGAUGAUUCACUGCCAGAGACACCACCGUUUGAUAUACUUCAGGCUGAUGGAUCGUUUUCAGAUAAACUUCUUAAAUUUAGAUUGUUUAAGCUGUGUGCUUGUAGCUUAUAGUAAUGUUAACAACAGUUAACCGUUAGCUAAUUCACAACUUCUCAGUUAAGGUAAUAUAUUAUCGUCACCGGCACGCAAUACAAAGGGGAUAUGACGCCACUGAUGGGCGACCAAAAAAACUUUAUGGUUUCUUGAAUAAAAUUACAUUUUUUCUUAGUUUGAACAUUGUUAAAAACAUCACAAUAUUUAAAGUGCACAACAAAACAUAUACAGUAACAUAGGUCCAGAUGUUUUUAGACAUUUUCAUGCAGAACAGUUACAGGCUAUACCUUUUAAAAGUUUUGUACUUUUGGUCUGACCAACCAAGAAAAUUCAAGACAUCACAGUGGGCUCUGAGAAAUUUUAAUUCUAUUUUUUCACUUUUUUUUAAACGUUACACAGACAAAUCGAUGGAAGAGAUCUGCAGAUGAAUUUAAAGGAAAAUCACGGUUAGUUGCAGCUCUAAUUUAAUUGUUUAAAACCACUUUUGAAUCUGCCUUUAAUGUUAGUCCAGUACCUGAAGAUAAAUGUCCGGUGUGCUGCCACACCCUCUGUCAACACUGCUCUGCAUAUGAUUUAAUUUUAAUGUAAAGUUUUCAUCCAAAACAAUAAAUUUUUAGUUAGUGUUCAUAAUGAUGAUGAAAUAUUUAGUUUAUUUCAGCGCUGAACCGUUUGUUAACAACAACAAAAAAAUCAGUGUUACUGUUGAUCGUCUUUUUACUAAACGUGCCAACUGUUGGGAUGACGGGAGGCUCUCCAUCCAAGCUGAGAUUUAAGGUUAUGAGAGAGUUCAGUACAGUACGAACGGUUUGUUUUAAAUAUACAGAAGCUGCUCUGAAAAAACACAAAACCAAAAAAGAUGCCAGCACAGUCACUUUUCUGUACGUGAUAAAUGAUUUCAGGUGAAUUAACACACUCAUAGACAGCCAUACUGGAGGUUUACAGUUGUUACAGGUAGGAAUAUGAAUGCGCAUCCAAACCAACGAUGACAGGUUCUAACCCAAAAGUAAGCAGAUGUAAAAUAUAAUGAUCUGUUGCAUCUCUCGAAACAAAGUCUGCCACAUUGCAACUAGGAAUUCAUUUGUCAUAGUUUUAAGCAUCAUUUCUACACACUAAAAUAACAGCUCACACCACUACAACGAAAUCCAACAGGACACAAGAAACACAAACAGACGAUCAGAUGACAAAACACUUUGAUUUGGAGAUAAUCAGAAAGCGAGCACACUCAAUUUGUUUGUAAUGUUUUAGAAGAAAAGUUGCUGUCACAAGUUGUUGAGAGAUACAUCAACAUAUCCAGCCUCUGGUUCUGCAGCCACACACAGUAUCUGAAUGUUUGUACAGUAACAUGCUCAGCCUGUGACGGUAUUGAAUGAUUAGUUGAAGGGCCCACACUCUCCAGCCAAAGUGCUGAUGAGCUCUGGAUUAUUUUUCUGUGGCUUCUGUGAUUUCUCUAAGGUGUGUUAUUGAGCUAUUAUGGUUGUUAUUGUUUGUUUUUUUAACAAUCAAACAUCUGUGUAUACACAUUAAGAAGUUCUGUAAAAAAGCUCAUAGUGCAGCAGAGCUUUGGGGGAAUGUUUAAAAUACCCCCAAUGGUAACACUCAUUCAUCUUCAGCGCCCACAGGAAAUACUAAUGAUGCAGUAACAAAUGGUGGGAUAGAGUUUGUUUCCCAGUUAAUGUUUUAUCGUGUCAGCACUUAAAUGUGUGUUAGAGCCACAUUAAACAGAAUUUCUAAAUCCCACGGACUCUAGAGCAAAUCCAAUAUAACUUCCAAGUUUUAUAAAACAUUAACAACACAUCAUGCUGCCAACUUAGCAUGCAGAUAGUCCUCUGUUUUCACGCACCAGAAAUGCAGAAAGGGCAAAAUUUAAAUCACAUUACUGUCCAAAUUUUUUUAUCAAACAAUGAAAAACAAUGCAGAGUCUCUGAAAAUUAUAUAAUUAUAUAAAUAUAUAAAUAUUCUGUGUUAAUGUGCUCUGAGGGGUUGGAUAUCUGUCCUAGGCGUAAUUCACAUGUACCAGCGUUUGUAAAAGGAUGGUAAGGAAAGCAGAAAUUCAUUACUGAAAACGCAAAACAAAGGCACACAGAUCUGUUAAUGUAUAACUUCAUAUUGCGAAUGUUUACAUACCGAGGUUUGUAAAUGUGUUGAAAGAUGUUUUCUUCUAGAUGCACAUAUAAAAAUCUCUGUACACAUUUGCACAUGUCUACUUUUAAAUCUCAAGUUCAUAUUUUACUUCCAUUGAAAUGAUGGAAAGAUAAUUGCUGUGGAUUGUUUGUUUUGAAGAGAUUUUGUCAAGAGAAAUAAAACCAAAUAGACUGUGGAUAGAACUGGAUUUAAGCAGUGUAAGAACUUUUCAGUAUCAAUGCACAUUAUUUGUUGUUUUGAUGUUUAUGUUGAUGAGAAACUAUGACUGAAACGAUGGUUGAAGGAGGACCCUCAAGUCUACACUCAUGAAGGUCUCAUGAAUGUCAACCGUGUUUGAGUUGUGAUUGAGGGAAAAAAAAAAAACUGGAAAAGUCAACAAGUUGCACUUUGACCCAGGAAAGGACACAUCGACUACGAUGUCAGCAGCUGGAGUAGCUGCCAAUCAUCUGUGGAUUUUUGUUGUGUUAAAAAGUUGUAAAAUAUGAAUGAUUUUGCAGAAUCUGGGGCCCUGUACAUUUUAACCAGCCCUUUGUAGAAAUCACAUUUUAUAACACGUGCAAAAGGUCCUUUUUAGAUGUGGUGAAGGUUCUGUACAGCGACCAGAUCUACAGGACUGUUUAACUGUAAAUAAAAUCACUUACACUCAU